AGGUGAAGGCGGCUGUUGACGGCGGCGGUUCUCAGGUCGGUCCGGUCCGGUCGGUCCCGGUUCCCCUGCGCGCCAUGGGGUCGAGCAAGAAGCACCGCGAGCGCGGCGGCGGCGGCGGAGGAGGAGGAGGAGGAGGAGGCGACGAGGCGGCGGCGGCCAGACACAAGAAGCACAAACACAAGGAGCGGCGGGAGCGCGCGGGCAGCCGCGAGGGGAGGAGGCGGCGGGACAGGGAGACGCGGCCCGGGCCCGGCAUCGGCACCGAGAGGCGGGGCCGCAGGGACAAGGCCGAGCACAGCGCCAUCACACCGAAGUCAGCGGGUGGCAACGCCUCUCUGUCUAUCGAAGAGACGAAUAAGCUGCGAGCCAAGCUCGGACUCAAGCCCCUGGAAGUGCAGGAAUCCAAAAAGGUCGAGGCUGGCACCAAGGAGGACCCGGUGGUGGUCCCCGCCAUCAACCCCAUCCUCUCCAAAGAGCAGGAGGAUAUUCGGGUGAAGCUCACUGCCUUGAAGGAGAAACGACUGCUGAACCAAAAGCUGGGGAAGGUGAAGUCUCUGGCCGACGAUGAUGCCUGGCUGGACGAUGCCGUCGCCUGGGUGGAGAAGAGCAGGAAGCUGCAGAAGGAGAAGGAGUUGGCGGAGAAGAGGGCAAAACUCCUGGAGGAAAUGGACGAGGAAUUUGGCGUCAGCAACCUGAUCGAAGAGGAGCUACGCACAGAGAAACAGUCGAGUACCUCCAAUAUCGAUGUUGCUUUAAAGAAGCAUAAACGAAAAAAAACUUCUUUCCCCUUCCCCCCCGUGUUGCAGUUCAAGGACAAGUCGAUCCUUGCCCAGUACGACGAGGAGAUCGAGGGGGAGAAGAAGAAGUCGUUCCGUCUGCAGACUGGGGGCUCGGCAGACGGCUCGUGGGAGCUGGAGCUGCAGCGGAUACGGCAGUCGCUGAGAGACCAGGCUCAGACGCUGGAGCUGCCGCAGAUGAGGGUGGCCUCCGAGUUCUACACCGAGGAGGAGAUGGUGACGUUUAAGAAGACGAAGCGGAGAGUGAAGAAGAUUCGCAAGAAGAAGUCAAGCGUGAGGGUGGACGAGCUGCUGGCACAUGGCCAUGACAGCACCACCACCGACUACGGCUCAAG